GUGAGAUGGAAGAGUAUUAUGAUUUUUGUCAACGCGCUUUUUGCAUUUUUUUUUGCAUUCUCGAAAAUGGAAUGAGAAUGCGUCUAUUUCCUACAGGCAUUAGAGAAGGACAAUUAUUACAACGUAAAUUAGUUGAUAUAAGCUCUUCUAUAUUAUACGAUAUUCAAAGUGAACUUAUAUUGCAGUACGGAACUGAGGCUGAUGAAAAUAGACAGUCUGCCGAAACAAAUCACUCGAUUUUUUACGUCAAUAACGGAGCGGAAAUCAUUUUACGAAAUUUAAACCGCUCAUAUUCUCAAUUUUUCAUAAACAGUAAACUAAACAAAUCUAAUUCAGAUUGCGACUUUCUUUUUGUUGUACCGACACGGUGGAACGAUGGCAUAAAAGAAGAUCUACUUCGUCCCCUUUACAUUCGCGCUGGUCUCAUCCAAAAACAAGAUCACCCUGACAGAUUGUUGUUCUCCAGUCAGCUGGAUUUGGAUUUUUGUUAUCUUCAAUACCUAGACUACGUACCUUCUGCAAGAAUGAAUACAAAGAUCAGAAAUGGUAGACAUUACAUCUUGUAUGCAUUCAACUUUAGUAACACCCACUUGUCUAUCACAUUGGAUCUAUUUUCUGCUCAAUACCCUCCGGGAUUAACAACCAAGGGUAAAUAUGUCCCGCGAGUUUUGAACUCGGUUUAUUUCACUGUGCCAUUACCCAGUUAUGUACAAGAGAGCCAUAUUGAUUGGGACAGUAUGGAUCAACCGUCGAGUUUAAAUACAAUAAACAAUGAUGAAUGGGAUCAAUCCGGAAGUGAUGAACUGGUAGAUGAUGACAGAUCUAUAGAUACUCAGGAAUCUGUAAACAGUGAGCUAAUGAAGACAGAAGGAGUCUAUAAAAAGACCCUAAUGUCCAUCCAGACCCAACUUUUGCGUGAAACACAAAACUUGGCAAAGUACAACAGCGGUACAAAAUACACCGCUAUCGUCAUAACAAAUUUAGGGGAAUAUGUAGAGGAAAAUUGUAACCUGUUUCAUUCAUCAAUUCACUGGAUUAAAAAGAUAAGUGAGGAUCUGUUUGGCAGCACAUCAAUGACUUUUGGGCGCUAUGCUGACCUAUAUCACCAAGUUCGAGAUCUCAAUGCUUUUAACGGAGGAAAUCAAGUGCUCGGGAAAUACGUAGAAAAGUCGAAUAGUACCAGACCUCCUUUAAUUAUAACUGAGAAUAUCAAGAGCCAUAAAGCUUUGUCGGCCUCUUUAUUUAAACACUUAAAACCAAAUUGCAUCAUAAAUAUUGACGUGUUAUCCAAAGAAAUAAUGUUUAAUUGUGCGGUUUUAAAAAGCAGUGGGGAGACAGAGAUGCUGACUGAUUACAAUGAAUGCGGAAUUUGCCCACUGGAUACUUUUUUCCAACAAUCAAGCAUCUAUGCAAAACCUGUACUUCAACUUACUAAGAGGUUCGUAUCUUUUAUGGAAACGAAUUUUAAGGAUGUAAUGGAUAUUUCUUUCAACCAUGACGAGCAAACGAUAAGAGACAAUUGUAAUAUGUAUGCUAUUAAAGAAUUAAAGACCCCACCGAGCAUCCGAACUAGAUUAAAAACUUUCGCAAAAAAGCAGUUUCGCAGCAAGAAGAGAGUGCAGAUAAACACUAGCCAACAGCUUAACCGGAAAACGUAUACGGCUGCAAUGAAAGAUGCGAGUUUACAAAUUGACAGCUAUGUUGCCAAGGGUGUUCUGGAUGAGUUUUUUGCGUGUAAAAAGCAAAGAAACAGGCUUCUUAUUAAAGACGAACCAUUCCUACUUGUUCGCCAGAAAAAAUACAUCCACCUUUUUCUCAUCAUGUAUUUCGCUUACCUCAACAAACUGAUUAACGAAAAGUUGCCCACAAUUCUGGGUAAUCAGUGGAAAAACAGAAAUAUUGGAUAUAAUGUGUUCAUAGAAAAGGUGCUUCUGGAAAAUGUCUUUGGAUCUAUAAAAGAAAAUUUUUUGAUUGAAAGUAGUUUACUUUUCAACACAGACGACUUUAAGAAAGUACGUUUUUCAACACGUGGAGAAGGAAUACUACCCUCAAUUCAAAAUAAGCUCAAUUUGGAGCUUCCUCUUCAAACGUAUUUUGUCACAGCCCAGCUACAUUUAUCAUAUAUACAAGUUACCCUGCAUAAGGUUGUUAGAGUCACGUCUCUUUCAGAAUACGCAUCCACUAUUAUUGUUCGUGAUAAAGUUUUACAGAUCGAAAAUGUGGUCGACUCGAUAUGCAAAUAUAUCUGGGAGCAUACUAAAAGCAAUGGUAUAACCAAUCGCUGUAGUUCUAUGGACAUGGCCGAAUGCUCUCAAUGUGAUAUAUUUUCGCUAAAAAAGUUGAGUGAUGUUAUGGAAAAGUUAAAAGCUUACAUUUCAGAAAUUUUCGCAUCAAGCAGAAAUGAAUUGAUUAUGGAUGAACAAAAGUGUGUAAAAAUUAGUAGAACGUGUGAAUGUCAUAUUCAGAUGUCUCUCCGUGAUACCAUUGAUAUCGGAAUAAAGCCAGCAAUACAAAAGCUUACAGAUACAGUAGCAGCAUCACUAGUGAGUACCAAACUAUUUGGAAACUAUGAAAUAGAUCAUGCAUUUAUUUUUGAAGAACUAUUUGGGUUACCUUAUGAUACUCCACUUGGGAUGGCUUACAUAAAGGUUGUACAAGAAUCCCUUGAUAACAGUAUUGAAUUGAAAGAAAAAGACACGCAAGGUUAUUUUCUAAAAGAAAGCGUGUAUCAAAUAUUGAAACCCAUCAAAGGAACCAAACCGUACAUGUAUGAUACUUUUAUUAAGGGUGAUUUGCAGCAAGUGUCAAGCAAAACGUAUGCGCUAUAUGUUAAACCUAACAUUCCCGAAGAGUGUGGACAUGUCUCUCUAACAUGGAAACACCUCAAGGAUGGUACAACAGUUACAGUAAAGAGGGAUGGCUCAGCCAUAAUCAUAAUUGAAAAGGGCCAGAGGAUUCCAAACACAGGAGUAUUUGUACAUUUUGAUAUUGAAGUAAAAAAAAACCCCCCCUAUGAUUUUACUGAUGGCGAUAUUGAACUAAGGAUGAUCAGGAUUACUUCCGCCGUAAACACCGCAUUAGAUCAAAGUGUUCGAUUAGACGCGAUCUCUUACGAUGAAUUAACUUCGUUUACAUUCAAUUAUCGGGGACAUAUUCCUCCUGUUACUUUAAAAAUUGACCCUGUUAGUUUCAACUCUUCACUUUAUUUUUCGAUCGAUAGUACCUUUUGUGUGGAGUAUGAACUAUUUGAUUUGAUUCCGGAUGUAACCUCCGAAGAGCGUUUGACAUUGGCUUACUUUUAAACAAUAAAAGCCUGGUAAAUGACAGUUCAAUAAAUUUUACAGUGUGUAACAA